UAAUUCAAUCAUUAGUUUUGCCUAGUGCUUCUUUAAUGGAGUUGUCGUUCAAUGAUAUAGAUUGCAGAAUGACACCCGCUGUUGACUUGAGCGACCUCAAACGGCGUUAUUGUGGCAGACUUCAACAUUCCCUCUUUUUGUCUCUGUUGACGAUAUGUUUGUUAUAUGGCCUCGUUUUCAUGGUCGUCACCCAGGUCGUAUAUAAUCGGAACUUUUGGGACGAUUCCAUUCGUUACCUUACUUUAGUGACCACGCUGGGCGUCCUCUUUGUUAUUCUUGUAUUCCUACUGCCGAUAGAGGGCGUUGCUGAGUAUCUUAAUUGGCUUUUAGGAUUUUUAGUUUGGGCAGCCAUGAUGGUGACUAUUUCUAUUUGGAGUUAUGUGAGGCCUGUUCAGGUCAGUACUGACAACCUGUUGCUCGUCUACCUAACAAUAUUUACUAUCAAUACCAUGUUACCCCUGCCAAGACUCUCAGCUCUCAUUACCUCACUUGUCACAGCUGUCUCCCAGGUGGCGCUAUCAGCAGCCUUAGCGAACUUUGAAACCGACUAUCUCGGAAGUCAGAUCGUGGCAAACUCGGUGUUUCUGUUAUGUGCUGUGAAAGUAGGUUACUAUCACAGACAAAUGAGGGAUCGAGCAUUAGACCGAACGUUCACCGGAACAAGAGGGGUAAUAGAGUCACGUAUCAAAUUGGAGUAUGAAAAAGAACAACAGGAACAACUUCUUCUGAGUGUAAUCCCGGCAUACAUUGCAGCGGAAGUGAAGCGAAAGAUAAUGCUUAAAAUGGCGGACGCCUGUCAAACUCCAACCACACAAGCUAAACAAAGAUUUCACGAGCUUUACGUUCAAAGACAUAAUAACGUCAGCAUUCUUUAUGCAGAUAUCGUCAACUUCACUCCAAUGUCUGAACAGCUAUCGGCAUCAGAUUUAGUGCAAACUCUCAACCAACUUUUUGGACGUUUUGAUCAGAUUGCACAAGUAAGUUC